AGGUAUAGAUAUAAAAUGAGUGGUGAAUACAUUGUUAGUAUCAGAUUAAAAGUUGGGAAACAAUCAUUUAAAAUGGUAAUACAACAAAUUAGUUUCUUAUAAAUAUUGUUUUUGCUGUAUCACUAAUUUUUUUUCUUUAAAUUAUCUUUUUGUUUUUAUUUUAGAUAAUGGAGUUGUUUCUUAGUGAUGCAGUAGUAAAUAACAAUAACAGCGGUGGUAAACUAUUUGAUGACAGAAAAACAGCAAUUACUAUAAUUGAAGAUAUAACUUUAUUUCACAACAAAAGUUAAAGAUCGGGUAACCCCAAGUUCUAAGCCAUCUGCCCCGUUUUAGCGUUAGAAACAAUGGAAAUGUAGAUUUAAAAAACUUUAAAAAACCGUAGAGAGGAGUAUUUCUGUAAAUUCACAAAAUCGACCGUUGGAAAAAUUCAAAAAGACUCAUCAAUACACCCUGUUUAUAUACAACUAUUCGUUUCAGAAUCUAAAUCCAUUCUUGCUCUCUCUCUCUCUCUGCAACGCUCCUAUGGCUGACAACAACGAAGAGCAACAACAGAGCACGACGAGAUCAUCGAUCAUGGAGUGGAAGCACAUGCACCCACUUCACCAAAUCGCCGAAACACCCACCCACAAGCUCCUCCUGAAGCAGUGGCUGAAAGAAGAGGAACUCAUCAAUACCCGCAUAGCUCUGAAGGAGACUCAAAUAGAUUCGACCCGCAAAGAGAUCACCACACUCUACAUCUUCUUCUUCCUCUUCCACUCCACCACCCUCAUGCUCCUCUUCAACGCUUCACAAUCAUCACCGUCUUCUUCCUGUCACAGGUCAUGGUUCCCUUCCCUUUGCUCUCUGCUAUUCUCGCUCGGAAUCAUAUGGGCCCUCCGCUACAAGAGCGAUGUGGAGGCUCACAUGGAGAAGAUGCUGCUGCGGGAGAAGGAGGACAAAGGGUUGCUGGGGAAGUGCGUGGAGGAGUUGAAGAAGAAAGGGUUGGAGUUUGAUUUGUUGAAGGAGGUGGAUGCUUUGAGGAGAGCCAAGAGUUUGAGGGUGGAGAACAAAGAUGUUAGGAAAUGGUCUUCGAGAGACUUUGUUUCCUUGUUUUUCUUCUCCAUGGCUUGCUUCUCUCUUGCUCUCACAAGGGUCAUCUUGUGCAGUUAGGAACCAAUUUAUUGUUCUAAACUUUUAAAUCCUUUGAUUUUGGUUAAGAUUUUUGCUAUGUGUCAAUUAUUAUUACCAUUAUUGCUAGGGGGGCAGUUGCAGAAUGUACUGUUCUGCUUUAAAAUGUGUAAUUUGGGGAUACUAUAUUGAACUUGUGGAAUAAAGUUAAGUUUAUUUUUCAAA